AUAUAUGACACAAAUCUCUAUUGGGCUCAAUAUAACAUUGCUCUCUCUCUCUCUCUAUUAUUAACAUAUUGGGUUGAAUUGAGUUUCAGAAGAGGACAAUAAUGGCUGAGUCUCAUCACCAGCAGAAGAAAGCAUUUGGAUGGGCAGCCAGAGAUGCUUCUGGCCUCCUUUCUCCUUUCCACUUCUCCCGAAGGGACGCUAAAGAUAACGACGUAACUUUCAAAGUGUUGUACUGUGGAAUAUGCCACUCGGAUCUGCACAUGAUCAAGAAUGAAUGGGGAAUGUCCUCGUAUCCUCUUGUUCCUGGGCAUGAGAUCGUUGGCAUAGUGACAGCAGUGGGCUCUAGAGUGUCAAAAUUCAAAGUAGGUGACAAAGUAGGAGUUGGGUACAUGAUCGGUUCUUGCCAAUCCUGUAUCCAAUGCUCCAACAACCUAGAAAACUAUUGCCCCAAAAUGAUUCCCACUUGUAGUGCAACUUACCACGACGGAACCACCACCCUUGGAGGCUUCUCCGACGUAAUGGUGGCCGACGAGCACUUUGUGGUACGGAUUCCAGACAAUCUACCUCUUGAUGCCACUGCUCCUCUCCUUUGUGCUGGCAUUACAGUUUUCAGCCCAUUAAGAUAUUUUGGGCUUGACAAGCCCGGUACUCAUUUGGGUGUAGUUGGGCUUGGUGGGCUGGGCCACAUUGCUGUCAAAUUUGCCAAGGCUAUGGGAGUAAAGGUUACUGUGAUUAGUACUUCUCCUAAUAAAAAAGAAGCUGUUCACCAUCUUGGUGCUGAUUCGUUUUUGGUCAGUCGAGACAAAGAUCAGAUGCAGGCUGCCAUGGGCACACUAGAUGGUAUCAUUGACACAGUUUCUGCAGUACACCCUCUUUUGCCAUUGAUUGGUCUUUUGAAGUGUCAUGGAAAGCUGGUUAUGGUUGGUGCACCAGACAAGCCACUUGAAUUACCAGUUUUUCCUUUGCUCAUGGGAAGGAAAAUAGUUGCUGGAAGUUGCAUUGGGGGUAUAGAAGAGACACAAGAAAUGAUUGACUUUGCAGCAAAGCACAAUAUUGCAUCUGAAAUUGAAGUCAUUCCAAUUGAUUACGUGAACACUGCAAUGGAGCGCCUUAAGAACGGAGAUGUUAGAUAUCGAUUCGUCAUUGAUAUCAAAAACACAUUGAAGAAUUAAGCUGCUUAAUUUGUUCUUUUUAAGACUAAGUUUUUUCAAUGAUUAAUAAAUUUUGGAUUGCUUUGAAUUUAAUGGGAAUUUUGGAGGAAAGUAACUAUUAAGAUGACUAUAUUGUGCUUACGGGUCAAUUUUAUUUGUUACUUUUCUAUAUUUCUAAUGUUAUGAACUUUGAAAUUAAAAGUUUUAAAUAAUUGGGUACAAUUCGCUGUUGA